UGGCAACUUGAAACUGAAACUUCAAAACCCGCUCCGAACCGAUGACGUAUAUUUUCAGUGAACCACUGCUCCGGAAGCACUCUCUCUUGACCGGGUCUUGCUGUUCUUUCGUGUUUCCUUCUCCUAACCAAACGAGCUCCUUUAAAGUAUUCUCAUCGGAUGCGACAAAAUAAUCCUGACCGAAGGGGGACGCAAUCAAAAACAUCAAGCUAAAGAGUACAGACGUGGAUGAUGAAGACAGGGAAUCCAGGUCACGAAGAGAAACUGAAAAACAAAAGAAAAUGAGGUAUCCUGCAGACGUCACUAUUAAAGAGCUUCACCCUCAGAAGCACGAUCCCCUCCACCUUAAACAGGAGGAGAAGCCAGAGACCCCAAGCAUUAAAGAAGAAGAACAGGAAGAUGAGAUCUCCGAGUUUCCAAUGACUGUCAUUGUGAAGAGUGAAGAAGAUGAAGGUCCAAGCGAAAAGAGCGGAGCAGCGAAACCUUCGAUCGACAGCUCAUUUCAACACCCGACAACAAAAGGAGAGGGAAAAUCGCGACUUGAUGGUUUGUUAGCGCCGCUCUCAGACGGUGACGACCUAACUUCACAGUCUUCUGAUAUUAACACUGAUGUGGAGGAUAAAGACUUUGACCAAAAAGCUUCAAAAUCCUUAAACAAGUCCUCACUGAAAAGAGGCACAAAAGUGGUUCGGAAACCGAUUACCUGCUCACUUUGUGAUAAAACAUAUUCUAAGAGUAAUCACUUAAAAAGACACAUGUAUACACACACUGGGGAGAAGCAUUUCGCCUGCUCAUUUUGCGGUAAAAGAUUCACUGAGAAGUCACAUUUAAACACUCACACAAGAAUACACACUGGAGAGAAGCCUUUUCAAUGCACAACUUGUGGUAAACAAUUCGCUAAUAAGGGAUGUUUAAACAAACACACAAAGAUACAUACUGGAGAGAAGUCUUUUGUCUGCACACCUUGUGGUAAACGAUUCACCGAGAAGGGACAGUUAAGCAGACACACACUCACACACACUGGAGAAAAGCCUUAUCUCUGCACAAGUUGUGGUAAAAGAUUCAUUGAGAAAAGAGAUUUCAGCAGUCACACAAGAACACACACUGGAGAGAAACCUUUUGCUUGCUCUCGCUGCGAUAAAAGAUUUUGUACGAAGCAAGUGUUAACAAGACACACGCGUACACACACUGUUGAGAAACCCUUUGCCUGCUCUCGUUGCUAUGAAAGAUUUUGUACGAAGCAAGCGUUAACAAAACACACGCGUACACACGCCGGGUGAAAAGGCUUUUCUCUGCAGGCUUUGUGAUAAAAGAUUUACCCGGAAGGAAGAUUAAAACAAUCACUCAAAAAGACCCACCCAAUUUACUUCUGGCGUACUCCUUUUUAGAAUUUGACAUCUGAUUGUCGACAAUACUUUGUUUUUUCCCUUCUUUUUGUCGUUGUUUGUCCAAUUUCCAACCAUUUAUUUAUUUAUUUAUUUUUGUAUUUGUCUCGCACAUUGUAAUAAUUUGAAAUAUGCUUCAUUUUAUGGGGCAGGGUUUCCCUUACAUACAAGAUAUUGUGGCGGCACGCCACACUAAAAUAAAAGCCGCCACGCCUUGCAAAUGAUUUUUUAAAUUUUUUAUAAAUCAUUAUUAUUUAAACAUUUUUAAGGCAGUUUCAAACUAGCAGUAGCCUAAUGAUACGGGUUCAGCGGAAACCUAUUAUUUGUGUAUGGCAAUGUCCGUAAUUAUGCGAGGCCCCCUUAAAAGACGAACUGUGACGUAGAAGGAAGCGAGAAGGAGAAUGGGCGAGAUGGCGGUUGCAUGUUCCGGCAGCCCGCUGUUAUUUUGUUACUGUUUUUCUUUAUUAUUGUUACCACAAUAAAGUGGGUGAACCAA